CGAAAAGUUUACGGAAGUCCUGGUACUUGAGAAACAUCCCAAUUAGAAGUAAUUGGCAGAUCACUGGGUUUAUUUAAAUCCCUAGUUCCUCCGUUCUCCCCGCCCUUCUUCCGUUUUGGCUCUUGCUGCUGAGCAUUUUACAGGACUUUCCUUCAAUUUAGACAGGAAGAAGAUAGACCAGUCCUUCCUUGAUCUCGUUUAGGGGCGGAGGUCGAGUAGGAGAAAAAUAUGGUGAACUCAGCGGUGGUGAACACCUAUCCUCUGUCGAGCUACACAUUCGGCACCAAAGAGCCGAAAAUGGAGAAAGAUACCUCCGUCGCUGAUCGUCUUGCUCGCAUGAAAGUCAACUACAUGAAAGAAGGGAUGAGGACAAGUGUCGAAGCAAUUUUGCUAGUACAAGAGCAUAAUCAUCCUCACAUACUUCUUCUGCAAAUUGGGAACACGUUCUGCAAACUGCCAGGCGGACGUCUAAAGCCAGGAGAGAAUGAAAUUGAGGGUUUGAAAAGAAAAUUGACUAGCAAGCUUGGUGCUAAUUCAGCCGCUCUGGUGCCAGAUUGGCAGAUUGGUGAAUGUGUGGCCAUAUGGUGGAGGCCUAACUUUGAGACCAUCAUGUACCCAUAUUGCCCACCUCACAUAACAAAGCCUAAGGAGUGCAAGAAGCUUUUCCUUGUUCACUUGUCUGAAAGAGAGUACUUUGCAGUACCCAAAAAUUUGAAACUUCUUGCUGUCCCAUUGUUUGAACUCUAUGACAAUGUGCAGAGAUAUGGGCCAGUCAUAUCCACCAUUCCUCAACAGCUUUCCAGAUUCCAGUUCAAUAUGAUCACGACAUGAUUUUAGCCGGGAUUUCUGGAGUUACACCUUCUAUCUUUUGCUUGGAUUCAUGGAGGCAACUGACAAUGUCACGGAUCUGAAUGCUGAUACUAAGAUGCACUUCGUCACUGAUUUUUCAAGUUAUUGGUAUUCAACUUAGCUAGAUUGAGUUAUGUAUGUGUAUCAACUAAUUUAGUAUCUUUAUAGUUUCAAACUCAGUGUGCUAGUGUAAGGAUGUUGUGAUGCUUUUGUGCUUUGCAUUUCCUGGUGGAAAUGUCUCUACGGAUAUGAUGCUGCUGCCGCUGUUAUCUAUAGAGAAAAAGACAUAGGAUUGUUUUUGUCUACCUAGUUUGUUUUCAUUUUUUUGUCUGGAACAUAAAUUUUGGUUAAAUAGGGUCCAUGUGCUUGGAUUUUAGGGAAAAGUAUACUGUGCAUUUGUUGGUAAGAAAAAUGAUGUAUUCUAAGAAGGUGGACUGGUACAAUUUGUGUUGCACUUGAAAGUGAGUAAAGAUUGUGUGAUUGAACGGCAA